CGCCCGCAGUUCCCCAAGGAGCUCUCUCCCGGGGACGCCGCUCGCGUCAAGGCCAUCUUCAGCACUGCGCGCUACGAGUCGAGCACGCCCGGCGCGGCCGCGUCGCUCAAGGACCUCAAGCGGCUCCAGGGCCUCUCGUGGCUCAACGACGAGCUCGUCAACUUUGUCGGGGUCCUCAUCAACCAGCGCAGCGACGCGGCCGACAAGGUCGAGGCGGCGGGCGGCUCGAGGGGCGAGGGCCCGACGAGGUUGAGGAAGGCGUUCGUGUUUAACACCAACUUUUUCACGUGGUACGGCGACUCGGGCUUUGCCAAGGUCAAGCGGUGGACGCGCAGGUUCGACACGUUCGAGAAGGACAUCAUCAUCGUCCCGAUCAACCACAACAACUCGCACUGGUGCUGCGCCGCCGUCAACCUCAAGCUCAAGCGCUUCGAGUACUACGACUCGUUCGGCAAGCCCGCCGCGUUCGUCUACGAGCGCCUGCGCAACUGGCUCGUCGAGGAGCACCGCAACCGCAAGAAGAGCGAGAUUGACCUGAGCGACUGGACCGACUACUGGUACGAGGACGUCCCGCAGCAGCAGAACGUGAGCGACUGCGGCGUCUUCACCGUGCGUCCCCCCUCUUUCUCUCCCUCCCUUUCACCUGACACUCACUGA